UACAUUUCAUUUCAGAUUUUAAGAUGGGAGAACGGAAAGGGCAGAAUUUUUACUAUCCACCGGAUUUUGAUCCGAAGGUUCACGGCUCCUUGAACGGGUAUCAUGGCGUGCACGCACUGCGUGAGCGUGCGCGUAAGAUGGAUCGAGGAAUUCUUAUUAUUCGGUUUGAAAUGCCGUAUAAUAUUUGGUGCGGUGGUUGUAAUAAGCAUAUUGGAAUGGGGGUUCGAUACAACGCAGAGAAAACGAAGGUAGGAAUGUACUACACGACCCCGAUCUAUCAGUUCCGAAUGAAAUGUCACCUGUGCACAAACCAUUUCUCGAUCAAGACAGACCCCGGGAACCUAGAUUACGUGAUAGUAGAGGGCGCUACUAGACAGGAGAGAAGGUGGGAUCCAACAGAAAAUGGACAGGUGGUUCCAGACGAUAAAUCUGUCGGGAAGAAGUUGGCCGACGACGCGAUGUACAAGUUGGAACACGAGAGCAAGGAUAAGGGGAAAUCAUCGGAUACAGCUCCAAGACUAGUCGGGAUAUCAGAUAUCCAGGAUCGAGUGAAGGAUGAUUACCUGGCGAACCGUUUACUCCGGGACAGGUUUAGGCAGAGGAAGAAAGAUCAGGCCGCCAGGAAGGAGAAGAACGAGAGGAUCUUGGGUAAAACUGGACUCAAGCUGGACCUGGUGGAUGAAUGUCCGGAGGAUGUCAAGUUUGCUCAGCUUCUCAGUAUCCAGGCUCGGAAGGAAGCUGAGGAGCUGCAGAAGGAAGGACGGGAUGCACUCGGAGAACAGGAUAUCUUCUCCACCAGCAAAUCUAAACCUGAAACCAUCUCUCCUGCUAGAUCCUUCUUGAACAAGGUGGCAAACUCAAACCAAACCAAACUUAUCAAAGAUAAAGGUUUCGGGGUAGUGCUCUCUAAAAAUGGCGCCAACCAGCUGGGAGUUCUACCGAAAAACUCCGCAACAAAAGUUUCAGUUGUUACGAACUCACAACACAAAUCUGUGGAAAUACGUGUUUUCUCCCAUGAACCAAAAUCAAAUGAAAUCAGUUCUAAUUCAGAAAAAAAUUCAUUAUCAUUGUUAUGUAAUUAUUCAGCUUCUAGCGAUGAAAGUGACUAAAAACAAUAAUGUAGGAUAUGUACGAUUUUAUUUGUUAAAAAUUUAUAAACCUAUUAACUAAAUAAUAUAUAAAUAAAGACAGAUACUGAAA